CUCAAAAUUCUCAGUUCAAAAACGUCAGAUUGCAAAAAGAUCACUAGGCCAAAAAAAUGGUGACGCAGCAGGAAUCGGCGCACAAAAACAACGGAAACAAAGACGUAACCAUCGCUAUAAAAGAAAAAGAGGAAAGACCACGUAAACACCGAUUCAAACUCAAGGGAAUAUGGAGAGAGACGCAGCUAGCGCAGCCCAAGAUGCCGCAGGACAAGUUCGUACCCCCCUACGACGGACCACUGAUACUCAUCCAGAAAACCCUGGUCAUCGAACCGGAGAUCUUGACGCGCUGCAACCAGCUGGCCUACGCCCACCUACGCACCAUCUCCGACAACAAGAGGUCCUUCAAGGAUAUCCUGGACCAGAAGAAACAGAAGAACCUGGUGAAGCAGGAAGAGAAGACCAUCAAUUCCAUCUACUUCUUCUACAGGAAGCACAAGAUGAUGAAGGAGCAGAAGGCCCAGAAGAUGGCGCAGCGUAAAGCCUUGAUGGCCAAGUCGAGCAGGAAGAAAGUUAAAGAGACGGACGAACAGCGGGCUGCCCGGAUACAGAACUUGGCCACCCCCAAGAAGCUCUUCGUGGCGCCGUCUCCGAAGAGGGGUAAAUGGAAGACUCUGGACCAGAUGAGCAGGUACGUGGACCUGGCGGAACCUGUGAAACGCGAAGUUGUACCUCCUAGGACCAGCAACGAAGUUAGCAAAGCGGCCAAGAGCUACGUGGCAACGGACAUCAUACUGAAGCUAUUCCAACAGCCUAGGAGGUUCGAAUACUUGGAACCACCCUUGGAGGCCAGCAGGCCAGUACCUAAGACCGCCCUGACCUACAAGAUAACGCCACAGAUCGAGAAGCUGUAUGUCGUGAAGAUAAGGAAGGAAGGAACAGCCGCUGCUCCAGAAGAAGAGUUCUGGAAGAUAUCACCAGCUGCGUUGAAGUACAAGGCCACUCCUAGGAUACUCCAAUUGGCGAAACCAGUCGAACGACCAUAGUAUUAGUUAAUUUUAAGGUAAACAAUCAACUAGAAAAGUACAAAAAAGUUUUUUAAGUAUCCUACGUAAGCAAUGUGACGUUCUUGUGAUUACAAUCAAUAAAGUUUCGAAUGCAACACGAA